AUGCAAACCAACCCUCGCCAUCUCCCUCAUCAAAACCAUCUGCAGACCGCCAACAAUACAGGUACUCAUCCCCCGCGGGCAUUCGCAUCCUCCACCCCUCCGCCACCAUCGCCGACCCGGAGGCCAGACGCCAUCUCCACACCCGGAACCACUCUUGCCGGCCGCAUGCCCGAAGCUCCAGAACAUCACGGAGAUGAUAUGGACCUCAAUUCACGCGGAUUGGACCAGCCCAACUCCCCCUCUACUAUUAUAGCCUAA